CGUUCGCUGUCUCGAGAACUCUUAGUCAAUUCAACGAUCUCGUCGCGACCGAAUUCUACACGACAAUAUGAAGCGUUUAUUAACAAUUUAUCUUUUUUAUACGCUCUUCCAAGCGGCUUUAUUAGAGUCGCCGUGCAUGAAGGUCGCGUACAGUCGAACGAAUAAUGUUGGUUUUCGAUGCACUGAAUUAACGACGCUGCAACAGCAUUUGGAAACGGCGUGGACCAACACGACAACCAUUACGAUUUUCGAUUCGAACAUACCUAACAUAGCCGGGCACACUUUUGCGAGAUUCGGGGCGACUCUUUUAAUCUUAGACCUACACGAAUCGGGCAUACAGACGUGCGACGCUCAGGCAUUCGUAGGCCUCACGAAGCUGAAAAAACUGAUGCUGUGGGGCAAUAAAUUGACGUAUGUGCCGACAAGUUGGUUCGUGAACAUGAACUCCCUGCAGACUCUGGAUCUCUCGUUUAACUUCAUUCAAUGGUUCGAGUACGCGAUCUUUCAGAUGCUCAAUAAUUUGGAGAACUUUUACUUCGAUUACAACCAACUUAGCUAUAUCGACUACAACAUGUUUGCUUAUCUGGGUAAACUGAAGAGAGUGAAAUUCAGCAAGAAUCCGUGGGGAUGGCCGUAUCGCGCUCGUUUGAUAUGGCAAUUGGAGAACCAAAAGGUCGAGAUAUCAGACGUGUGGGAGGAUUGGAACUGGAUGAACGUCGUGAUAAAGGACUGCGUCGAGAGCGGCCGCGGCGAGUUGCCGAGCGACAGGGUGCUCGACUGUGUCGUGGAGAAGCUGCUCGCGUUCACGUACGAGACCUUCAGCGUGCAAGAGAGGAGCGUUCGGGCCGAAUGCAGCGAGCAGACCCAGCGAUUAGUACGUUGCAUGAGACCGAGCAAUGCCACUGGCGACACCGAUUACGAAACGGUACGGAGAAUCCUGGAGGAUUACUCCACGAUUCUACCGCCGAUGCAAAGAGCGCUUAGCCCUUUCCCGUUGAAAUGAUAAACGCUUCCGUCUAUAAUGUCUCCGUCUUCUUACAGACUUCUUUUAGGAUAAAGAUAAAUCUUGAAACACUUCUACCGUAAAUUUAUUACCGCGUACUCUAUAAUUAUGAGAACUCUUAAUCGAUACGUUUUUGAUUCUGUGUAAGUUGAAUUUUAAGUUAGAUAAAAUUAUAAUUUUUUAAGUAAAAAGUUACAAAAAAUUUCUUGCAGUGUACAAAAUUUGUAAGUAUAAGAUUUUUUUAAUUAUCAUAAAUGAAUAAAUAUAUUCGGAAAUGAUUUCCUUCACAUUGCACAAAUAAAUUUUUUUAAAUCACCGGUAUAAAUAAUCAUAAAUUUUCAUUUAUUAUAGAAUUAUAAUUCCAUCAAAUACAUAUUGCAAUUUUGCACAAA